AUGGCAUUUCUCAUUCUCGUUAUAGGGGACCUCCACAUCCCGGAUCGGGCGCUUGACAUCCCCGCCAAGUUCAAGAAGCUCCUCUCCCCCGGAAAGAUCAGCCAGACGCUUUGCCUUGGAAACUUGACCGAUAAGCACACGUACGAGUACUUGCGAUCCGUCUCCCCCGAUCUCAAGAUUGUGAAAGGCCGCUAUGACGUCGAGGCCACUUCCCUCCCAUUGACCCAGGUAGUCACCCACGGAAGUCUUCGCAUUGGUUUCCUAGAGGGAUUUACGCUCGUCUCUAAUGAACCUGACCUUCUUCUGGCCGAGGCGAACAAAUUGGACGUGGAUGUUCUGUGCUGGGGUGGUACUCACCGCUUUGAUGCCUUCGAGUAUAUGGACAAGUUCUUCGUGAACCCUGGCAGUGCAACUGGCGCAUUCAUGGAAGGUUUCAGCCAAGAGUCUGAAGACCCUACACCAAGCUUCUGUCUUAUGGAUGUUCAAGGCAUCUCACUCACCCUAUACGUCUAUCAAUUACGAAAAGACGACAAGGGCAACGAGAACGUGGCAGUUGAGAAGGUGACAUACACAAAACCAGUAGAGCCUUCAGGAGGAGCAUCAUCAUGA